AUGCUCAUUGCAUUUAUUCAAUAUAUCUGCGGAAUGUUCAGAAUUGCUAGUUAUCGUAUCGAGAACGCAAUGCAGAUUUAUAUAUCGCAAGAUAUUAAUUUACAAAAAAAGAGUUCGGUUCUCAAGAGUAUAAUUAGUGCUGUAGAUAUGCAUCGUAAGGCCAUGAAAUUCUUGGAUCAUUUUAUAUCAAAAUUUGAAAUAUCAUUUAUGUUAUUAAUAAUAUUCGGAGUAAUCACUUUGAGUUUCAACAUUUUUCGAAUGUUCCAGGUUGCAUCAUCAGGAUAUAAUGUCGAGCAAUUUUUAUUAUCAUUUUUGAUUAUACUUGUUUGUAUUUUAUAUAUGUUUUUAUCUAACUUUGUCGGACAAGAAAUUAUAAAUCACAAUAAUGACGUAUAUGCCACUGCGUAUAAUGUUUGCUGGUAUACAGCUCCCCUACAUAUACAAAAACUAAUAUUGUUUCUGCUGCAAAGAGGUAGCAAAACUUUUGGUGUAAACGUCGGUGGAUUGUUUGUAGCAUCUUUAGAGUGCUUUGCUACGUUGGUGAAAGCAUCCGUAUCUUACUUUACCGUUAUGUAUUCAGUCCAAUACAAAAAACCAUAA